AGCCGCGGCCUACGUCUCAUCGUCUCUGUCUCUGUCUCUGUCUCCGCCGCCUCGGCUAACGGCUACAACCGACAGCAGCAGCCAGAGCCGUCUUUGCGAGCCGACGGCUCGGCGAGCUGCCGACGCAGGCGUGAGUCACCUCGGCCGGACGAGGCCGGCAGCCUGCGUGAGCAUAGCUCGACGCAAGCGGGGCCGACACGAACGAGUUCGCGCGACAGGGCUGCCGGGCAGCGCCAUUCAGCAAAGGCUCACGCACGCGUGGAUGUGCGCAUCGGAUCGAUCAAGACGGCUCGAGGUCGAAAUAAGCCUUGCAUAGUCAAAAGGGAAGAGAGAGAUAGAGAAUAA